AUGAAUGGGUUUAAGGCCAGAACGAACAGCAAGUCAUUCAGGUAUUUUAAUAGGAACAAAGAGGAAAACAGCGGUAACAAAACGUUUAGCCACAAUAACAAAAAUGGUAAUCAUAACAGCAAGAAACAAUAUAAGGAAAAAAAUAGGACAAGCAGUGUGGAAGAGAUUAGUGAGUACCUUAUCAAUAUUUCAUACAUUUUAAAUGAGAAGUAUGAAAAAUAUUUUGUGUAUGAAUUAAAAGAAGAGAACUUAAAAAAAGGUAACAAAGCGUUUGGUAGCAUAAAUUUAGAAUAUUCGUACUACUUAGAGGAUGAUAUAAGUAUUUUAAUAAAAAUAAAAGAAGAAAUAAAAAAUAAUGUAGAGGAAUUAAUGAAUAAUAGGAAAUGCUCUAAGAUAAUGGAAAAAUUAAUUUAUUAUUGUUUUUUUUUAUUAAAAUAUAAUGAAAAAAAUGUGAAAAAUAGUGAUAUAAGCAUUCAGUGUAUAAAAAUUUAUAAUAAUUUUUUUCAUGUGAUAAAGAGAAAUUUUGUAUAUUUGGCCAUUUCCAGUUAUGCAUCUCAUUUUGUGCAAACAGUGAUAUGUGUAUUUCCUUUUUUUAAUAAAUAUGAAGAUAUAUAUAUAGAAGAAAUUAAGAAAAGGAAUAAAAAUUACGUAAGCAUUUCAUCCCAUUUUAACGAAAUUUGUAAUGGGACAGUUGAAAAUAUGUUUACCUUAAUGUUUGAUAAGUCCGGUACUCAUGUAUUAAGGUCCUUUUUAUAUUCCUUAGGUGGUUAUCUAAGUAUUAACAUAUCGAAUAUAACCUUUAGGAAGUCUAAAGCAAGAAAAAGUAUUUCAAAAAGGGAGUUGAAGUAUAUUGAUAAGGGGUGCAGCAGUAGCUGCAAUGGAAGCAACACUGAUAGUGCCUCUGCUCUUAGUAGCACGUUUUAUAGUUAUAUCUACAAGAUUAUUGACCGAAUUACGGACGAAAUUAUGAAUCCAAAAGAAACACAGAAUUUUAAAAAUCUGUUAUAUCAAUAUAUAUUUUAUGACAUAUAUAAGGGUAAUAAUAAUAAAUUAGGGAAGGACGAAAAAAGCGAUGAAAAAUAUUCAGAUGAGAGUAAGAGUCAGUAUUUGAUAUCACCUUUAUUAUAUAACACUUACUCUGUUCCAGCAUUAGGUACCUUAUUUGAGUUGAUAAAGGAUAAGAAUGUAGAAUGUAGUAACUUAUUAAGUGAAAUAUUAGUAAUAGAAAGGACGAAAAAAUAUUAUAUGAGUAAAGCAUGUGAAAAUUGUUGUGGCUUUGAUAUAUGCCCAUUAAAACAGGUGCUAGAUAUUUUAAUAAAAUUGGAUGGACCUAGUAUAAUGGUAGAAAAGCUUUUAAAAAUUAAUCAUGAACAUAUUUUUUAUGUUUUUAAUAUUUACAUUAUUAAAAAUAUAAAUAGUUUAAUAUGUGAUAAUGCUUAUUCGAAUUUGGUCAUGUACAAUUAUUUGAACUGUGAUUACAUUACUGAAGAAAUGUUUGACUUAUUAAUAAAAAAUGUGGAUAUUGAUAUGGUUAUAAAGCGGAGAAAGUUUAACGUGUUGAAGGGUUUGUUUGAUUUAGCGCAGUACUACAAGAGGAACUGCAAGCUGUUGUUUAACUCGCUGAUAAGGGGGUUCAACGUGGGUGGCUUACUCAGCACUGUUGAGAGCGGGGUGAGUGGAAGCAUUGAUGGCAUCGUGGGUAGAGGUGUUGAUAGCAACGUGAAUGGUAAUAACGGGAUCAGUGGUAGUAGCAGUGGUGCCAAAUUUCUGUGGAUAUGCAUAUUGUGCAUGUGCAGGUACGAGGACCUGCACCCCUGCAUUCGUAACGUUUUUAAGAAUGAGAAGAAGGUAGAGGCUGACGUAGGUAGGAAGAAAAUCGAUAAAAUGGAUGAUAAAAAGGGAAAUGAAAUUAUCCAUGAUAAUUUUGAAAACGAUGAUAAUAUAAACUUGAAUAAUUAUAAUUUUUAUAAUUAUUUAAAAAUUGAUAUAUACGGGUAUAAUAUAUUAUCUCAUCUUCUAUCUUUUCCAAAGGAAUGCAUUGUGCCUUUAAUAAACUCUUUUAAGCACUUUUGUAAUUUUUUUAAAAUAGUUAGUAAUAAUAAACCGAGGAAAGAGGAUAUAGAAAGAUACAAAAAAUUUGCUCAUACGUUUUCGUUAAGUAACAAGGAUGAUAAUAAUAAUGAUGGUUAUAAUAAUGAUAACAAUGGCGAUGGUUAUAAUGAAAAUAAUAAGCAAUACCAAAUUGGGAAGGAGAGUAAAAUUGAGAAUUGUAAUAAUACUGAACAUGUUCAUAAUGGAGUUAGUGGAAGUAACUCUUGGAGUUGGAACAACUACAACGAUCCAAGGAAAGAAAAUAAAUGCAAUGGGAAAAUGCAAAAUGAAAAAGAAAAAAAAAAAGGCAAACCAUUCGUUCGAAGAAAUACAGAAUUACGAGGAAACAUCUUGUUGUAUUUUAGUUGUGAUAAAAUUUUAUCACAUCUUUGUGAAAAAAUUGCUCAUACAUUUAAUUUAAUAAAUGAAAAGCAUCUAAGACAUUUUCUUUUAUUAUUUAAAAAUGAAUAUAAACAUAUUGCUACUAAUUACAUUGGGGCACAUAUAGUUGUAACUUUUUUUAAGUUAGGCAAUAAUAAUAUUAAAAAAAGGAUACUAGAUCAGUUGGUUGAAAAUGAUAUAAAUGUUUAUAAUAGUUACAUUAGAAAUUUUAUGAAACUUAAGGAGUAUAAGAAAAAUAAGAUAAUAAAUAAUACAUGUAAUAAUAAAUAUACGAAAGCAAAAAAACUGUUUGAAGACAUUUUAAUACCAAAGGAAAAGGAAAGUAUAGGGGAUUAUCAAAAUAAGGAGUCGUAUGUUCGAGAAGAUAUGAAGAAAGAUCAGAUGGGAGAUGAGGAUUCCCAAUCUGAUGCACCUGCUUCGAAGGAUGUUACCAAAAAUGAGUCAUUUGACUUGGAAAAAGAAUAUGAAGAUGAUGGAGGAAAAAUUUAUGAUCAGACAGAAGUCUAUACUUUAUUGAAGCACAAAAAGGAGAAGAAAAAAAGGAAAAGGGGGAAGAUACUCUCGGAUAGAAGCAGGAGCAAGGAGAAUGAUCUCCCCACCCUUUUGCGGAGGGAACACGAGGGAGAUGGUGUGGAAAAAGGUGUAGCAGAAAUGGAAGGUAAGAGAGACCAUUUGGAUGGUGCAGAAGAAAAGGAUAAAAAUUUUAUGAAUGUAAUAUCAGAUUUUAUAAAGAACUCCAAAAACAAAACACGUAAAAGGAAGAAAGAAAGGGAAGGGAUAGAGCAAGUGUUGAAGAAGUGCGCAGUGUGUGCAUAG